UCUUAAGGAGAAGCUGAGAAACAAGCAGUAAAGUGGCUUUGGUCUGGAAAAUCCCUCAUCUCUCUGAUCUUCAUCAAACUAUUCACGAUGGGCGAUUGGCUCCGAGUCCUGUCCGCUUUGCUCCUGUGUUUACAUGGCACAACCGCAGCUGUUACCCUGACUCAGCCAUCGUCCAUCUCAUCCUCCCCGGGAAACACCGUCAAGAUCACCUGUACCAUGUCCGGAGGCAGCAUCGGCAGCUACCACACCAGCUGGUACCAGCAGAAGCUUGACGGCGCCCCUGUGCUUCUCUGGUCAAGUUACAGCGGCAAACCUCAGGGGAUUCCUGAUCGAUUCUCUGGUUCUGCGGACUCAGGGAACAACGCCGUGCAUUUAACCAUCAGCGGUGUGCAAGCUGAGGACGCCGCCGAUUACUCCUGUGGUGCCCAGGAUAAGAGCAGUCCGUAUCACUUCUUUUUCGGUAAAGGGAGUGAACUGAGUUUGAAAAAGCCACAGGGCCCUUCGGUGACUGUCCUUCCGCCUUCACCAGAUCAAAUCACAGCAAAGAGCAAGGCGACCCUGGUGUGUCUGGUGAAUGAUUUUAUCCCGGGAGCUGUGGAGGUCGAGUGGACUGUGGAUGGCAGUGCCAGAAGUCAAGGUGUUGAAACGAGUGCGAUCAAACAGCAGGCGGACAACACGUACAGUGUGAGCAGUUAUCUGACUCUGCCAACCUCCGAGUGGGAGUCACACGACCUGUAUUCCUGUGUGGUCAAACACCAGACUCUGGCCACUCCGCUCGAGAAAAGCAUCGCCAGAUCCAGUUGUACCUAAACCAGGAAUGUGCACCGAUAAUCGAAUGUACUGUUGUCCAUCUACCUUUAAUAAUAAUAAUUUUGUUUUGUCAUAUGUUGUCGAUUAUGUUCAUUUUGCUAUAAAUUUCGCAAAGAGAUAACAAUCCAUACACAGUUUGUACGGUUUGCUGGAAACUUUAGAUACAAUUAUAUGUGUUCUCCUUGUGUCGUAUUACAGAAAUAUCGAUCAAUAAUAAACUGUCUCUGCAUUGGC